AUGGAGGACCCAUGGAGUUCUCCCUGGGCCACGGAUACUCCGGCACCUCCGACAAUCGACCUGCCAUCGGAGCCACAGCGAGCUCACUUUGGAGCUUCGCCCCGCAAGGCUUCUCGCUCGCCAUCGCCAUGGGGUCGGCCGGUAGACGACGGCGAGGAUGAUUGGGGAGGAUGGAACGAGGCCGGGGGCAAGGACAGUCCGGGCUGGGGGAGGAGUCCGAAUUUGAAGCCAUUGGGGACUGCGGCUGGUUCUCUCGAUCCGUGGGCGCUGCCGGGGUCAGACGAAAAGGAACGAGAUAAGGGGGCCGACUCUGCCAUUAGUCUCGGCGAUGAUGGACGGGUGGAUGGGCAUUUCAGAGUGACGAGCCAGAAUACGUGGGAGGAUGGGCAGGUCGAGGUGGCUCAGGAGGAGAGGAACCAUGAAGAGGAGGAAUCCGCGACGGCCGAACAGGCUCCUGUCGAGGCGAAGCAGCCGUCCAAGGUGCAAGAGUUGGUGGAAAUGUACGACGGCAUGGCGAGGAUAGCCAAGGUUGAUUCAGCAGGGUCCAAUGCAGACAAUACGGUGGAGGUGACGGCAGAAGCAGAAGCAGAAGUGACGGCAGACACAGCGGGAGACACAACAGAAGACACAACAGAAGACACAACGGCAUUCGCGGCUGCGGACACGACAGCAGACACGGUAGGAAAGUCGCCGGACGUAAUAAAGGAUGACGAUGAGGCUGUCCAAGCUGACGCUGCUGAUGAACUCACAAACUCCACACCAUCAGACAAAGACGACCAGCACGGCGAGUAUCCCACGCCAGACUUACCCGACGACAGCCAGGAAACCACCAACGAAGAAGCAAAGACGAAUCGCACAACACCUACUCACCCCCCAGUACCCUACGCAAUAGACUUUACCCAUCUGGACACCCUCUUCCCAAACACGCCCGCCGUCCGCACCACGCCAGAGGAACUCCCCGAGUCCAUCGUGAAGGAAUCCUUCACAUCCGUAUCCCAACGAAAAGCGUGGUACCGCAUAUCCCGCUUCGGCUCCAUCCGAAAGCACAACGACGGCGACGACGAAAACUACGUCAGAGUGGGCUGGAACGACUCGGCCGUCCGCAAAGACACCUUGACGACGGUCCGGCGGUGGAUGGAAGAGGACUCCAUCGGCGGGAGGGUCGUUUUGGGGCGGCGACUGGGCCACGGAGGAGGCAGCAUCUUCAACUGGGACUCUGAGGCGCCGCCCGUGGAGAUUGGCGAGCUGCUAGCGAAGAGAAAGCCAGUGGCGUCCCGUCUGUCGGAAGCAAAGGAAGCAGAUGUGGCGCCUGCUGCGAAAUCGCCAACUCAUGUCGACGCUCCCCUGCAAAAUGAGGAUGACGACUGGGGAGAAAUGGUAACGACUCCAAUGGACUCUACCUUUGGCGGCAGUCCUGCUGCACCGUCAGUUGCGAAACCUAUUACCAGUGACGCUAUUGUCCCAACGCAGGUGGCAGAUCCUUGGGGCGGUCUGGACAUGUUUGGCGGCGGUCCAGGCACUCCUUUGCAGCCGGUGCCAUCCGCAAAGGAUCCUCCCUUGGCAUUGAGCACGUCUGCACCACCCACGAAACCCAUAACAGUACAGUCAUCUCCGGCUUCAUCCAGGCCAAGCAACGAGCUUGCACCGCAAAGCGUUCAGGAGGACGCAGCGGCCGCCAUUUUAGCCGGGCUACCGGACCUAUCAUACAUGUUGAAAUAA